AUGGGUGUGCGUGCCGCUUCUAUACUGAACCAGCUCCUCCGCAAGCAAAACCUGAACCCACAGCAACAACCCCAAACAAACGCAGUGAUCAAAACAAUCCUCACUUACCUCAAAGCGGGACGCAUUCGAAAAGCCACUUCCAUUCUCUUCGCCUUCCCCAAACCCUUCCCGUACUCUCUCUACACCCUUUUCUUCCGCCUAUGUUCCUCCCACCGCACCAUCGUCGAGGCUCGCAAGGUCGAGUCCCACUUGCUCACCUUCUCCCCCAACCCGCCCACCUUUCUCCUCAACCGCGCCAUCGAGUCCUACGCCAAAUGCCACUGUCUCCGCGACGCCCGCGAACUGUUCGACGAAAUGCCCCGACGAGAUGGCGGCACGUGGAACGCCCUCAUUACUGCUUACUCCCAGUUGGGUUUCCCUGACAAGGCUUUUUCUUUGUUCACGUGUAUGACUAGGUCCGGUGUUUUCCCCACUGAGGUUACUUUUGCUAGCGUUCUUGCCUCUUGUGCUGCUACUUUUGAACUUCUUCUUUCCAAGCAGGUUCAUGGGUUGGUCACAAAGUUUGGCUUUUGUGGCAAUGUGAUCCUUGGGAGUUCACUUGUUGAUGUGUAUGCCAGGUGCGGGGUUAUGAUUGAUGCUCGCAGGAUAUUUCAUGAGAUUCCGCAGCCUAAUGCUGUCACUUGGAAUGUGAUUGUGAGGCGUUAUCUUGAUGCAGGUGAUGCAAAGGAAUCAAUUUUCAUGUUCUCGCGGAUGUUUUCCGCUGCGGUUCAGCCGAUGAAUUUUACUUUCUCUAAUGCUCUUGUUGCUUGUUCCAGCCUGUCUGCGCUCCAUGAGGGGAAGCAGAUUCAUGGGGUGGUUGUGAAGUUGGGCCUCCAAGAAGAUAACGUCAUUUCGAGUUCGCUUGUGAACAUGUACGUCAAGUGUGACAGGCUGGAGGAUGGUUCUCGGGUUUUUGAUCUACUUGGCUCGAGAGAUUUGGUAUCUUGGACUUCUAUGGUAUCGGCGUAUACAAUGAGUGGGAAAAUAUCGGAGGCAAGAAAGCUUUUUGAUGAGAUGCCUCAACGGAAUGUCAUCUCAUGGAAUGCAAUGUUAGCAGGAUAUGUUCGGUGGUUUGAUUGGUCUGAGGCGUUAGAUUUUGUGUAUCUCAUGCUUGAUAAGAUUAAAUAUGUGGAUCAUGUCUCUCUUGGUUUGAUGUUAAAUGUUUCUGCAGCCAUUUCGGAUCAUGAAAUGGGGAAACAGAUUCAUGGAUACAUCUAUAGACAUGGCUUCCACUUGGACAUUAGGGUUAGCAAUGCCCUUGUUGAUAUGUAUGGUAAAUGUGGAAACUUGAACAGCGCUAGGGUUUGGUUUAACCAGAUGAGUAAUUGGCGUGACAGGGUUUCUUGGAAUGCUUUGUUGGCUAGCUAUGGCCAUCAUCAGUUAAGUAAACAGGCUUUAUCAAUGUUUUCAGAGAUGCAGUGGGAGACAAAACCAACCAAAUAUACACUUGGAACCCUUUUGUUAGCAUGUGCAAAUACCUUUUCUCUUUACCAUGGCAAACAAAUUCAUGGGUUCAUCAUUAGACAUGGAUUUCACAUAGAUACUAUAAUCAGAACUGCUUUGGUUUACAUGUACGGUAAAUGUCAUUGUCUCGAGUACGCUAUUGAGGUUCUGAAGGGGGCAGUUUGUAGGGAUGUGAUAAUUUGGAAUACCAUAAUUUUGGGAUGUUGUCACAAUCAUAGGGGUAAAGAAGCGCUUGAACUUUUUGUGAUUAUGCAAACAGAAGGCAUCAAGCCAGACCAUGUGACCUUAAAGGGCAUUCUGCUUGCUUGCAUUGAAGAAGGCCUAGUUGAGUUUGGCACAGAAUGCUUCGACUCAAUGAGCAGUAGAUUCCAAGUCCUACCUCGGCUGGAGCAUUAUGACUGCAUGAUUGAACUCUACAGUCGGCAUGGAUACAUGCAUGACCUCGACAAUUUUAUGAGGACAAUGACCAUUGACCCCACCCUUCCUAUGUUGAAGAGAGUUCUUGAUGUUUGUCAGAAAAAUGAGUGGGCAAGAUUGGGAGAAUGGGCAAGCAAAGGAUGCAUUGAAGAUAAUCAAGAAGCGAUUGGGCAGUACUGGGAGACCCUCAGUAAAAGUUGUGGUGAAACUGUAUUUCAGAAGAUAAUUGAACGAGAUAUCUUACAUGAAAUGGUUAAGAUUGUGAAGAAGAAGCCGGAUUUAAAUGUGAGGGAAAAGAUAUUGAUUUUAAUUGAUACAUGGCAAGAAGCUUUUGGGGGCCAACUGGAGUUUAUCCUCAAUAUUAUGCAGCGGAUAAUGAAUUUGAAGUCUGCUGGAGUUGAAUUUCCACCAAGAGAUGAGAAUAGCGUACCAUUCUGUACUCCUCAAACUCAGCCAAUUGCUCAUUCUGCUGAAGAAUAUAAUGAUGCUACUAUUCAGGCUUCUCUCCAGUCAGAUGCAUCUGGCCUUAGUACUAUGGAAUUCUGGAUCUGGAACAGGACUGGAUCUAUGAAAGCAUUCCUUGCAAGUGCAGAACUAGGAUAUAAUUCAAACUUAAUGCUUUUGCUUGUUGUGCUAUUAAAUUUACAGUUCAAUGCAAAACUUUCGUGGCAAGUUGUCAUUAUCCAUUUGUUGCUUAUUAUUUUGGACAAAAUAUGUCAGGGUGUGAAGGAGGAAGUGAUUGUUGACCUUGUUGACCAGUGCCGUUCAUACCAAAAGCGGGUCAUGCUUCUUGUGAACAAUACUACGGAUGAGCAGCUUUUAAACCAGGGAUUGGCACUGAAUGACAGCCUUCAGCGAGUGCUCCGUCAACAUGAUGAUAUUGUGAAAGGAACUGCUGAUUCAGGUGCUAAAGAAGUAGAAACUUCAGUUCUGCCACUUGUAAAUGUAAACCAUGAGGAUGAUGAAUCAGAGGAAGAUUUUACUCAACUAGCCCAUAGGUCAUCACGUGAUACUCUAGUACAGAAUCGGAAAUCAGUCUAUGACAAGGUAGAACCAGGGAGGAUAAACCCACUUAUUCCCCCACCGCCAGCAUCAAAGAAGCCAGUCUACUCUGGCACCGGUAUGGUUGACUAUCUCAGCGGUGAUACUUACAAGGCAGAAGGAUCUCCUCAAAACUCGAACCCCACUUCAGUUGCAGCUCCUGUCCAUUCUAGCCCUAAUCCAAACUCAUCAUUUUCUUCAUCUCGGCCGCAUGCCGUGAGUACUUCACCAAUUUUUAGCAGCCAGCCGGUGUAUGAUGAACAGCUAUCUUCUGUGGACAGAUCUUCAGUGAGUCUGCCUCCAGGUCCCUCGGACACUCAAUCUCCUGGCAUCAUUCCACCCCCACCUUCAAAGUAUAAUCAGAGGCAACAGUUUUUUGAGCAGCAAGGUGCAUCUCAUUCAAGUAGUGGAUCCAGUUCCUCUUAUGACAGCUUGGCGGGACAAACUCAAAAUCUCUCCCUGAAUUCAUCCACCCCAACCAAACAACAGAAGCCAGAAGAUGCCCUUUUCAAAGAUCUUGUUGAUUUUGCAAAAUCCAAAACCUCGUCAUCUUCCAAACCUAAUAGGCUUUACAAUUAUGAUACAUGCAUGAAUGGUGAUAAACUCAUACUUAAUUUGGCAACACCAUAUAUGCAGUUAAAAGAUUAA